CGGCCGAUACAGACUCAUCUCAAGCUCAAGCCGACACGGACGUGUGCAGUGUUCAAAGACUAUAAUGCUGUGAUAAAUAAAAUAGUUUCAAGUUAUAAAAUGGUUCAGUUUAUGCUCAUAUCUGCGCUUGUGGCAACGUACCUCUGCAUCGUAAACGGACGUGACAGUGGUAGCGUAACAUUUACCAACUCCAUCGAUGGAUACAACGACGAAUCCUGCAGACCACCGUCCGGCGGCGAAGGGAGAUGCAUCUCCCUAUACGAGUGUGAUCCCUUGCUUGCGAUCGUGAACAAGCCAAACAAAUCGCAACAGGACAUCAACAUACUCCGGCAGUCACAAUGUGGAUUCCAAGGACAGACUCCUAAGGUAUGCUGUGUAGACGCAGUGACUCCUCCUCCCCAGCCAACCUCCAAUGCCUGUUUCACGGCAGAUGGAAAGGAGGGAAAAUGCGUCAGUCUCUACUCCUGCCCAAACCUCGCCAAUUUGCUCAAGCCACCAGUCGCACCACACAUCGUCACUUUUGUGCAGAAUUCUAGGUGUCAAGGCCCAGACCAAUACAGCGUGUGCUGUGGCCAGAAUCCUCCUGACUUCAACAACAACAACAAUAAUGGCAAUGUUAACGCCGUGUGCGCAUCCAGCAUCGCUCUCCCCAAUCACAACUCUGGCUGCUGUGGCAUCCAGAUCUUGGCUGAUGACAGGAUUGUUGGUGGUAACGCGACUGGCAUAGACAAGUACCCGUGGCUGGUGGUGAUCGAAUACGUCCAGGGUAACAGGAUCAAGCUGCUCUGCGGUGGUGCUUUGAUCAGUGGUCGAUAUGUGCUGACUGCGGGACAUUGUGUCAUUGGAGAUGUGCUCAAAGCUGGUACACCCCGUCACGUUCGUCUAGGAGAAUACGACACAUCAAACGACGUGAGCGAACCAGAUUGCGUCAAGGUUCCUGGAGGUGGCAUGGAUUGUACUGAGGGUGUGAAAGUCAUUGCUAUUGAGAAGGUUAUACCUCAUCCACAGUACAACCCGAGCAAUAGUUUGAGGAGGAAUGAUAUAGCACUGUUGAGAUUGAGGGAGACUGCUCCUUACACAGAUUUCAUUCGUCCAAUCUGCCUUCCUGAGCGAGACAUCACAAUAUCACCACCGCCUACCCUCAAGAUGUACGUGGCGGGAUGGGGAGCUGUCAACGAAACAGUCAGCAAGAGUGACAUCAAACUACACGUCGAAGUGCCUUUGAUCGACAAGGAUCAAUGCCAAACAGUGUACAGCAGACCACAAUUCAACGUUCCACUUUGGAAUGGCCAACUGUGCGCAGGCGCACAACAGGGCCAGGAUUCCUGCAAGGGCGACUCUGGAGGUCCCUUGAUGUUCCAGAACGAGAAGAUUUUCGAAGUCAUUGGCAUCGUCAGUUUCGGCCCCAAAGCCUGUGGUCUUGAGGGCGUACCCGGGGUUUAUACUAAGGUGCACGAGUACAAUUCCUGGAUAAGAAGUCAGAUCAUACCUUAGAAUAAGACCGAUAGUUAAGUGAGGUUGUAUAACGCAUCAAUCCUAAAGGUACAGGGUAAACAAGGAUCAAUGUGCAUGAGAGGAAUUACUCUGAUAUUAAAUUAGACUCUAAUAAGAUGUGUUUCAGUACUUAAUGAUGAUGAUCCAUGAACAAUGCUCAGAUUAAUAUUAAUAUUUUAUACUUUCCUUUUUGACGAUUGUUGCCAAAUUAAAAUUGUGAUUUAAUUUUGUUCGUUUUUAGAUCUAAGUCCUAGUUUAAAUCCUACUAAAUUGUUGUUUUUUUUUUGCGUAUUUUGCCCAUAUUAUUUUGUACAUGAACGUAAACGCCUGAUGAAAAUUUAAACUAAAAAGUAUUCCCAACGUAAUUGCUCUUUUAAUAAUUGCAGGCACUAAUAUUGUGUUUGUAUCGCGUCAAUAAAAAUACUAAGUAAAUAAAAGGUCGUGUAUGAAGGACAGAUGCCACAGAUCUCGAACUGAAUAAGAUCUGAAUAUCAGUAAUUUUUUUACCUAAUAAUUAUACGUAGAAUAAGUCGAUAAGUCAAUUUUGUAUGAGAUUAAUAAAUAAACAAAAAGAAAUUAACAUGUUA